AUGGGUACAUUCAAGUUAUACCGUGACUGUGGAAUGGCCGCUGGUCGUCCGGAUCUAUCCGUAUCAUACAUCAAAGCCCUCCUGAUACGUGAAGUACUGUACAACAUUCUCUCUCAGGAUGUUGAUUCAGAUGACCAUCCUGAAUCAGAUGGCUGCUUACUGUGCCAGCUCAAACAUGUCGCUUAUUUAGCGAUCUGGACGGAAUCCGAUUAUGCUGUUAGCUCCGUGAGGCCAUUGCGUCCAGCAGAUUGGAUUAAAUUCCAGAAAUACUCCUGUCGUGUCAAGAAACUCGAAAUAUGUUCCGGCAUUAACUCCGAGUCUGACAGCGAUAUCUUUGUUGUAUUCAGUUUUGCACCGCCCUCACUUUUUCCCAAUUUACACCACUUGAGGGUCUCCAAUCCAAGCAAAGGAUGGCCAUAUUUCCUUCGCUCUUUUGUUGGACCACGUCUCAUUCGACUUGAUAUGGAAGUUUUUAUCGAUACGGAAGAGCAAUUUACUUUUGUAUCUGACCUGGGUCGCGAAGAGCAUUCGUUUUCAUUAAACAAGCUGUCAAGGGAUUUUAUCUGUGGAUGGAGUCGUCUUCAAAACCUCACUUGUGACGCUCUUCUGAAUGAUACUCUAACUCAUCUCGCACAUCUAGAGUCUUUACAGAGCUUAAAUAUCACGGUAGACUCUCCUGGAGUUUUUCGUGAUCUGCUCCCAUCUUCAAGUGAGCCUAUCUUCACAAACCUUCGGGAUUUUACCCUACAUCCAGUCGGAUCUGCUUGCCUGAACUCCUCUAUAUCAUUCCUGAAGCACCUUCCAUCUGCUCUAGUUGCUUUACAGAUCUACCCUGUUGAAAACCUUAAUCUGGGACAACAUGUCCUGCAUGACCUACUGCAUGUGGUGGAUGAUAUGCAUCGUCCACACAAAAUUAUGGAGAGAUUCUCUGUCGUGGAUGAUAAGGAAAUUUUCCCUAGACCAGCUCAGGGGACCGCCAUUGAUUUUGAGGUGCUCAAGACACUUCUCACCUUUCAAAAUCUUCGAGAAGUCAAUAUCGACAUAGUUCUUCCCCUCGAGGGCUUGCCAAAGUUUCGAAAACUAUCCCUAGGUGCACUGCACGAGUGCCGAGGGCAUUCCGCGGUCACUCUUGACGGGCUCGCCACUUUACUGGAGUUUUGCCCAGAGCUUGAAGACCUUGGCAUUGUGGUAAACGCAGUGGGUAGUGGGCGGCCGCCCAACCAUGGAAAAUACAACAACAUCGUUGUCCUUAAAUUGGGUGACUCGAACAUUGCUUCAGCUCCCACCCAUGUUGCAGCCUUCCUUUCCGUCAUUGUUCCCCAGGUUCGUGCAUUUAGAAUCUGGAAACCGUUUGAUGCGUUCGGACCUGACUUUGAAGAGCACAACGUGAGAGGUAACUGGUGGAGCACUGUCAUGCAGUAG